AUGUUAACAUUUAUUAUUGGAUUUAUUCUUGUGUUAAUUCUUCUAUAUGUUUCAAAAAAAUUCUAUUGGUCAGGAACUCAAUGUCCAUCAAAAGAUCGUAUGGAUGAUAAGAUCGUUGUUAUAACUGGAAGUAAUACAGGCAUUGGAAAAUAUACAGCUAUUGAAUUAGCUAAACGAGGUGCACAUAUUAUUUUAGCUUGUCGUAAUCGACAACGAGCUCAAGAAGCAAAACAAGAAAUACAAACGAAAUCUAAUAAUAAUCAAAUUGAUAUUGAAAUUAUUGAUACAUCCUCAUUACAAUCUGUGCGUGAAUGUGCUACACGUUUACGAAAACGUUUACCUAGAAUUGAUGUUUUAAUUAAUAAUGCUGGUGUUCUUACAAGAUCAAAGGAAAAAUCAAUUGAUGGUUAUGAAAUACAUUUUGCAACUAAUUAUCUUGGUCAUUUUCUUCUAACUAAUCUUCUGCUUGAUUUAUUGAAAAAAGCACCAUCAGCUCGAAUUAUAAAUGUUGCAGCUUUAGCACAUAAAUUUAUGAAUUGUCAUAUGCAUUGGAAUGAUAUUAAUUUGGAAAAAACAUCUUAUGUAGCAUUCUAUGCAUAUGCACGUAGUAAACUUGCUAAUAUUAUGUUUACAAAUGAAUUAGCUAAGCGAUUAAAAGGUGUUGUACAUACAGAACUUGUUCGUUCUAUUGGUGGUCGUUAUGAAAAUAUUUUUAAUAUAAUUGAAAAAUUGAUAACACCUAUUCUAUGGUUUUUUCUCAAAAGUUCUGAAGAAGGUGCACAAACAACGAUCUAUUUAGCAAGUGAUAUUCAUCUUGAUAAUGUUACUGGAAAAUAUUUUAGUGAUUGUAUUGAAGUUCAACCAUCAGAAACAACACUUAAUAAAGAAGAUAAUCAAUAUUUAUGGUUACUUAGUGAACAAAUGACAAAACUUGAUGAUUCUUUAAAAAAUAUAUUUUUAUAG